AGCUUCUUAAGAAACUGGAAGCAGGAGAAGAAGCAACCACAGAGAAACCCAAAGAAAGAAGUGAAGCAGUUGGCAUUGGAGAUGAAAAACAGGAAGCCCGGCCUGCAGAGUACGCGCCAGAGACGCCUGGAGAGAGCAGUGCUGAGUCUUGAAAACACAGUCACUGCGUGUGACAGAAGAUGGAAGUGUGUCAGGAAUUGCACAAACCUUCGAUCAGCCUGGAGUGUGACCACUGCAGUUUCCGAGGCACAGAUUUCGAGAGCGUGCAGAUCCACACGGGCACCAUUCACCCUGAGUUCUGUGAUGAGAUGGACGCUGGUGGACUGGGCAAGAUGAUAUUUUACCAGAAGAGUGCAAAGCUCUUUCACUGCCAUAAGUGCUUUUUCACCAGCAAAAUGUACUCCAGUGUGUACUAUCACAUCACAUCCAAACAUGCAGCCUCAGAGAAGUGGACUGACAAGCCCAAAGAGCAGCUGAGCCAAGAACCAGAGGCCGUGAAAAGCCCUUCCUUUCCUGACCGUCAGAACACAGCCCCUGACCCAGCAGAAGCAAGGCCCACGCCAGCCCUCCCCACGGAAACACAGAAAAUUGGCCUGAGUUUGUCUCCGGAGUCACAGAAAUCUGCUCCUCCGGUUCUGGAGCCUCAAAACUCUGGCCCCGCGGUUUGUCCUGAGCCACAGGCUCCUUGUCUUCCUGCCGAGGCCUCAACAACUGCUCCUGUUUCUUCCACUGAAUGUCUAGAGCCGGCCUGUGUGGUUCCUGAGCUGCAGAAGCCUGACCGAGUCCCUUCUCCUGAGCCAGGAAAGUCUGCCCUUGUGAGCUCCAAACCCCAGAAGCACUCUCCCUUUGCAGAUACGGGGGCUCCCUCUUCAGCCUUGUCUCCAGAGUCACCAGUUUUGGCCACUUCCCCUGAGCCUUGGGGGCCCUCCCUCACUGCAUCUCCUGAGUCUCGGAAGCCAGCUCGGGCUGCCUCCCCUGAACCAAGGAAGCCAUCCCCGUCAGAGUCUUCUGAACUGUGGAAGCCAUUCCCUGCCAUGACUUCAGAGCCACGCAGACCUACCCCAGCAGUAUCGCCAGGGUCCUGGAAGCCAGGGCCGCCUGGUUCUCCCAGGCCUUGGAAAGCCAGUCCUUCGGCAACAUCAGGACCGUGGAAGUCAUCUAAACCUGCUCCAUCUCUGUCUCCUGGACCUUGGAAGCCAAUACCUUCUGUGUCGCCUGGGCCUUGGAAACAGGCUCCAUCUAUGUCCACUGCAUCCUGGAAGUCUUCAGUCACAUCUGGCUCGUGGAAAACGCCUCCCACGUCUCCAGAGUCAUGGAAGUCUGGUCCACCUGAACUCCGAAAGACAGCUCUGGCUUUGUCGCCUGAACACUGGAAGGCAGUGCCCCCUGUCUCUCCCGAGCUUCGCAGACCAGGCCCACCACUCUCCCCAGAGAUCCGAAGUCCAGCAGGUUCUCCGGAGCUCAGGAAGCCUUCAGGGUCACCAGACCUUUGGAAGAUUUCUCCUGACCAGCGGAAGACUUCUCCUGCUUCAGUUGAUUUCCCUGAGUGCCAGAAAGGUUCUCGUGGCUCUCCUGACCUCUGGAAGUCUUCCUUCAUGACGGAGUCUCAGAAACCUAACGUCUUCCCUGAGGCACGGAAACAUGCUGCUUCAGGCUCCUCCGAGUCCCCAAAGGUAGCUUCAGACAUAUGGAAGCCUGUCCUCUCCAUCGAUGCUGAGCCCAGGAAGUCCACACUGUUUCCUGAGCCCACGAAGACAAUCCUUCCUGCUUCUCCCGAGCCACGGAAACGUGCACUUUUCCCAGAGCCCCGGAAGCAUGCACUUUUCCCGGAGCUCCCCAAAUCCGCUGUGUUCUCAGAGGCCCAGAAGGCCGCUGAGCUUAGUGGUGAGCUGCAGCUUGAAGCUGUAGAUGAUGCGAAGUGUGAUGGCCUGGUCCAGGAAGGGCUUCUGCCUACACCUAAGAAACUGCUAGAGGAUGCUCUAUUUCCUUCUUCAAAGAAGCUGAAGACAGACAGCCAGGAGACCUCGGAUGCUGAGCUCAGGAGCACUGAGUACAUGAGAACAGAUUUGGACACCAUGGACAUCAAGGGCCAGGAGUCAGGCAGCGACCAAGAACAGGUGGAUGUGGAGUCUAUUGAUUUUAGCAAAGAGAAUAAGAUGGACAUGAGUGGUCCAGAGCAGGCCAAAAAUGUGCUUCAGUUCACCGAAGAGAAGGAGGCUUUCAUUUCCGAGGAGGAGAUUGCAAAAUACAUGAAGCGUGGAAAAGGGAAAUACUAUUGCAAAAUCUGUUGCUGUCGUGCCAUGAAAAAAGGUGCCGUCCUGCAUCACCUAGUUAAUAAGCACAACGUCCACAGUCCGUACAAGUGCACAAUCUGUGGGAAGGCCUUUCUUUUGGAGUCUCUCCUCAAAAAUCAUGUAGCAGCCCAUGGGCAGAGCUUACUUAAAUGUCCACGCUGUAAUUUUGAAUCAAAUUUCCCAAGAGGCUUUAAGAAACAUUUAACUCACUGUCAGAGCCGGCAUAAUGAGGAGGCGAAUAAGAAGCUGAUGGAAGCUCUUGAGUCUCCCUUGGAAGAGCCGCAGAUUUGAUGUGGAAACAACGCUUGCGCUCUACAGUGUUGCUUGCCAAACUUGU